GGGCUCCGUAUCUUGCACACACCUUCGGUUGCAGUAGGUACAGCAAGGGAGGUGUGACCAGCGUGAAGAGAACCCGGCUCAUUCACUUCUCGUUCAUUCAUUGACUGCGAAGCCCCCGUUAGCUCAUCCCCGGAUAUCAGUUCUCUUCCCCUGGUAGCGGCGACCGGAGGGUGCAGACGUUCGGUGCAGGAGAGGGAGAAGGAGCCGCCAAACGACUGCGAGUCCUUGUGUUGGCGUACGAGUGAACGCUGGUUCGCUAAUCGGAGGUGUAUUUCUUAGCCCCUGGGGGAUAAACCAAGCCAGAGCUGCUGCCCCACAAGUGGGCUACGCGCAUCAGCGUGUGUAUGUGUAUACCUACCGACAUCACCACCAGCUCUCAGAUCACGGGUGGCAUAGUUUAAUAGCAGGACAAAAAUGGGUCAAGCCAAUUCCAGGCAGGAAGCAUUCUGGGAUGCAUGCGGUUUCGGAAGGAUUCACCUCGUCAAGAGAUUUAUUGAAGAAGGCAUUGAUAUCAACUGGGUGUCAUUCACACAUGACUGUUGCCCAAUCCAUGUGGCUUCCCAAGGCAAACCAGAAGUUGUUAAACUGCUUAUCGAAGCCAAGUGUGAUGUGAAUGUCAAGGACAGCAGGGGUAUGACACCAUUGCAUCACGCUGCCAUGAAAGGUGAGGUGGAGAUCCUGCAAAUGCUAAUUGAGGCUGGCAGUGAACUCAACACUCAAGACAAGAAUGGAUGGACCCCUCUGCAUAAUGCAGCAUACUGGGCUCAUUUGAAGGUUGCAGAGCUUCUGAUCAAAAGUGGUGCAAGUGUCAGCGUGGCCAACAAGCAUCAACGCCUGCCCUUGCAUGAAGUUGCAAGAUCCCAGAGUGAGGAUGAGUCUGUUCUAGGUCAGAUUGCUCGACUUCUAAUCUCAGCUGGGUCAGAUAUGGAUGCUGUUAGCAGUGACUUUGGAGAGGCAGACUUCACCAGUUUGAUGUUUGCUGCAUACCAUGGCCAUACAGAAGUUGUCAAUGCUCUGAUUGAUGCCGACUGUGACCUCAAUGCCAGAGGAUCCAUUAACAAAUGGACUGCAUUACACUGGGCAGCAGAGCGCGGCCAUGAUGACAUUGUGUACCUUCUUUUAGAUGCUGGGGCUGAUCCUUGUAAGAAAAACAUGAGAUUAGAGACAGCCGCUGACCGUGCAAAAGACCAGCGUCUGAAGGACUUUCUCUUGAAUGCCAUGAACCAGCGAGAUCAAGAAAACAAGUCACUGGACAGGAUGUCUAUAUCAUCUUCCCAGUCCUUUAAUGCUCAAACUGCACAGGACACAGCUUUUGCCAUUGAGCGUAUUACUGCCCAAGCCAGGAGCAGCGCUUCUGCAAGCUCUUUCGUUCCCAUCACUAUGCCCCCUCUUGCCAUAGCAACAGCAGAAGAGCGAAAAAAGCAAAUAAAAUUGGGCAUUAGACGGCAGACCAGCGCUGGUUCAGCAUCUGGCCCAACUUCUCCUGGAUGGUCCCCAGGAUCUGCACCGCAUGUGGAACUGGCCUGUGACAGCAUGGAUACCAGUGACCGCAGCAUCCAGCUAUUAAGAUCUUUUCAGGACCGCCUCAACCGCCGCAUAGAGAAGGCUUCCAGGACACUCCAGGGUGGCCUCUUUCGCCCUGAGGGUACAGACCCUGUUUAUACUCCUUCUGGCAGCGAGGCUUCCACUCGCGAGCAGACACCAUCAGCCACGGGUGGAACAUCCACCUCAAGGGAAGUCACGCCCAGUUCUAGGGAAGUAACGCCACCUGAAGAGAGGAAGUCAGUAGGUGCUUCCAGUAAUGAAGCUGAAGAGGCAGAAAAAGUCACCUGCAAUGGCGAUGUAAAUGCAGAUGGAAAUGACGAAGAGAAAGCUACCAGCGAUGAGGAUGGGGACAGCCACGAUCAAGACGACAGUGGUGAUGACAGUAAAUCCACAGAACAAAGAGAGGAGGAGUCAAUAAACAGUGUCACAUCUGAUUUGAAUUCUGUUCACAUUUCACAUUCAUCGAAGUCAAGCAAAGAGGGUGCUAUGGAAAACGAUGUGCCUGGCUUGACCAACAGCCAAUCCAUUGCCCAAGAUGACAGCAUGAGCAGAAGCUACAAGGCUGAAAGGCCAAAGUCUGAAACUAUUGUGUGAUGACAUGGGAAUGACCAGGAAAAUUGUUGCUUAAAAACAACUACAAAGGGUCCAUCACUUGUAGAGACAGAGCUUUAGGAGGUAUGGAAGAAUUAGUUGAUUCCAUCCAUUGCAGAACUUCCACUUAAUGCAUGGCAAAUGUUUGGUGUCUGCACUGUGUCAGGCCAUUGCAUCCGUCAAUAUUGUAGCCCUGUUUGUGCACUUCUGCUGCUUUUUUUUUAACCUGUGUUUUGGGGGAGCUGUGAUCAGAAGUGUUUAAAGUUCACAAACCAUUAUAAGGUUCAUGUUGAGGGGUGGGUAUCUUCUGUAGAAAUGUGUUGACUAGUUUUGGAGACUUGUGUUUAGCUUAUUUCAGAACAUAGAAACUGAGAUCUGUUUAGACCUCACCAUUGGAUUGCUCUGUUUCUUUUUAAUUUUUGGAAGAAAGCGAGUGGUUGAUGUAGUUGAUGACGAGCAGCUAUUGCUGCAAUGAGUACAGUUAUUGAAAGACUAGUUUUGAAAUCAAAUAUACUUCUUGUAAAUGUGUAUUGCUGAAUGCAGAAGAUAUGUCUGCUCCUGAAGAGAUUGGAAGUUGAUAAUGUGUCCUGUAAUUUAGCACAUUAUCACAAAGUAUGAGAAAUAACAUGCAAUGUUCAAGGUCUUUUUACAACUUUCCCCUGCCAGGCUUGUUCCUUUAUUGGCACAUAUCUGGCCAUCUAACAUUCAUUCCUCAACAUGGUCCAUCUAAGUAUUUUACCUGGCACCAUUGUUUGUCUGUCACACAGGGAAUAUAUAUGUGUUAUUUUUUUGUUAUUUUUUUUUUUUUCAAACUCAGCUGAAGCUGGUGUGAUUAAAAUUGAAUGGGUGUUGACUACCCAAAAAUAGGGUUAGUUGGUGCCAAAAGGUUUAGGAAUGUUGGUAUUAAAGAAUGAAGAGUUUGAUGCUUAUGAGACUCUUACACCUUUGUUCUGUGAAGUGGGGUGUGAUUUUAACAUUUCUGUCAUCAUAGCACCAGAUUUUUGCCUAUAUAGAUCUCACGGGUUUUAAAGUACCUUAUAAAAUGUAAAGGUAAGCUCUGCAACAGUGAACUCAGUGUAGUGUAUCAAUGUACAAAAAUAGUUUUCACAUACCUGUGGCACUUACAAAACAAUUUAUGAUGUGGAAAUGUGUAGAAGUAAUGGAAGCUUAAUCGCAACUAGGUUUCCCUACCCAAACUAGAAUGAUUUGCCACUCAUUAACUGAGAUGCCUUUUUAUGAAAAAUGCUGUAAUUGCUGUUGUAUUAUGCUUUUCAGCAGAUGUUUCUGGUUGUGGAGAGACUGAAAAUAAAAGAUACUCUGUUGUGUAAUCAGUAGGCUUAGUAUUUGUAACAAAUGUUAAGCACUGUUGUUUAAAGCACAGCUGUACAAAUGAAAAUCGCACACACACAGGAACACACACUUGUGCACUAAGUCUUGUCAGCAAAAGAUUUCUGUAUACAUACAUUGGCUGCAGAACAGAAGUUCUUGUCCAUACUAUAAAAAGGGUAAAGCAUGUUAAGAAUGUCAUAAGUAUAAAUAAGUAUGACCUUGUUUUUGUAUCUCAAGAUAUUUUGUUGACUUUUGCUGAUAAGGCCUUUUAUAAAAAUACGAAAGCCUCCUUUAUCAAACUGCAAUCAAAAUGUUUUCAUGGAUAUUGAUAACUUUGAAACAUUCUGGUUUGUGCUGAUAAUGAAAUGUUGGGGGUUUUUUUUCUUUUUGAAGAGUUAAAAUGUUAUAUUUACUUAAAAUUAUCUAUUGUUGCUAGUGAGGAAAAGGUAGUCAUUAGCAAACUACACUUGUAAAAUGUUUAUUAGCAAUUCAGAUAUUGAGAAGUUAAUUUAGAGUAAACACUAGCUACUUGUCCUAGGUCAAGUGAUGCAUAGGUCUAAUUAAGAAAAAAAAAUUGUCUCAGAUACAUCCAGGACACAGUUUAUUGGUUUUGUUGAUGGCAUUUUGCUGCUUGGGGCUCAGAGAUUCUUCUUUGCAUGUUUCCAUUGGCCUAUUAUGGGACUAGAAAAGGAAACCACUGAAUAAUGGUAACAUCAGACUUGUAGCUACUUGUAACUUGAAUUUAGUGUAGGACUGCUUAGCAGUGCAUGAAAUAGCUGUGGCUUAUGCUUUACAAAGUAACAGGAUAUUGUAAAGUACUUUCAUCUGUGCAUAGACAAUCCCAGCAUAUGAACAUGUUCAUGCUUAUCUCUGCUUAACUCUUUAUAUUUCGGAGUUUUUUGCUUAACCAAAUGGUAAAUGGUUCCUUUUACCAUAAUCAAGUGAGCUGUAAAGAGUUAAUCUGUGUCCAAGAUGCACAUCCUUUCAGCUUUAAGAGUUUCAGCAGUGAACAUCCUUAAAUGCAAGGAUUUUAGCACAGGUUAAAGGACUUGAAUGUAAAAUUACAAUAAGCUAAGCUGAAAAUUAUUUAUAUCUUUCCUAAAAGUGUAAUAUAUCAUGUCUUGUGGUACAGAUUAAGAAAUAUGGAAAGCAGUUGCACGAAGUGGGGUUUAUAAAAAAAUGGUGGCCUUGUUUUCCAACAUAAUGUAGAUGAAAGGACAUGUCUACUGAAAACAUCAUAGCAUAUACUUUCAGCUGAUAUUCUGUUUCAUACAUACUGUACAUUGCUAAACAGUCAUUAUGGAGUGACAUGCCUGCUGACUAUAACAUUCUCCUUCAUAAACACAUUGCUAAAGACCUCUAAGACUAAACUCAAAAUGCAUUAGUACUUUUCACAAGCAACUUAUAAUUGACUGGGAAAGCCUUUUUGCUAAUUUUAUACAGAAUAUUUUAUUUGGUAGGAAAAGGGGGAUGUAAUUAUUCCUGAAAAAUAUAUUUUCAUUUAUUUAAUUUAUUUACCCAUUAGUACAUCAGCACAUCAGUCAUGCUUUCACAUUCGUGGCUGCAUCCAUAUUGGAAAAUAGAGCCAUACACUGUUUCACAUAUAUUUAUUGCAAAAACAAAUUUACAUAUUGUACAUUGUAUGCAUGGAUUUACUCAAAGUACAGCUGGUAUUUAUGCAUUCCAGCUGUUAGGUUGUAAUUUUAUGUUCAUUCACAAAUCACUUUUGGCAUCUUUGCAAGGGUGUAAUAAUAUUUACCUUGAAUUAAUGCAUGAGAUGGGAAAACUUGUUUUCUGUAAAGAGUUAGGGUGUCAGAUGUCGUAGUCCCAGAUUUUGUCAUUUUAAUAUUUUUCAUUCUCACUUUGUGCAUUUAUGUCAAAGUGAUUUAGUAGUUAUGAGAGUCUUUUACAGAUGACAAGCAUUACUUCAAAAUAUUUCUAUAUAGCUCAUCACUAUAACCUACAGAUCUGUCUUGUGCAAGCUUUUGUCUAUGAAGCAUGCAACGAUUCUAAAAGCAAAUGAUGCACUUCCCAAAUUGUAUGGGUCCAAUCAAAAGAGAAACUUAAAUUUGUUAUUUUACAUGGUGUAAAAGAUUCUAUUUGGUGUAAAUGUAAUUAAUCAUUUUAUUUAAGAACUAGACUGUCAUUUUUUUUCCUUGCUCCAAAUAAUGUGUAGAUGCUGUGUAAAACAUGCAGCACGUUUUUAGACUAACAGUAGAGUACAUUUUAUAAAAUUAAUUUUCAUCCAUUUUGCAUAGAUUUAAGGAGAAGAAAAUACAGAAACAAACACGUACGUAACAUGCUUCAUGGUAGGGAGAGCUUUCGUACAAUUUUGUUUAGGUGAUGACCAUAGUGGCAUUGUUAGAUGGUCCUUGUUCUACUUCUUAGUAGAGGUUUUUAUAAAGUUCUUAGCUAUAUUUGUUACAAAGCUUCACUUUGAAAUAAUGUACUAAUUACAGAAGAAACACUCUUUUAAAUGUUUGGGAGUGAAAUAAAUCUUUUUCUCUUAAACUCUGAUUUAGAAGGGCAUUCUAUGUCACGCAGAAAUGUUUCAUUAUGUCCACCAAAUUUUCAGUAAAUUACAAUUUUUAUAAUAAAUUAUCCUUUAAACAAUAUAGUUCUGUGUUCAAUAAUAUUUAUAAGCAUACAUAGUUUGGUAAAUUAAUAAAUUUAAAUUAUUGUGUAUUUACACAUUUGAAAGACAAAAAUAAAAAUUUGCAACCAGUUACGUCUAAAGUUCUGAACGCUUUUAGAGGCGAGAAAUAAUGGUCACUAUUAUUAGCUAAGAUCGUGUUGGGUGAAAAGACAUUGAAAGGACUGAGGCCAGGUAGACAGUGACCAGAUAUGUAAUAAGAAAUGUUUAUGAUACACAAGUAUUACUACAGUAAUGCUUGUCUCUUUAGAUACCACAAUGACUCAAUGUUCCAGUAAUUCCAGAAACUUCACUUUAAAAAUAUCCCUGCAAAUUGAUAUACCCUUUAAAUUAAAUUUUGACCUUUAAAAACAUGUAGUAGCGUCAUCAUGUAAGAUAUUUUCCUUUCUCUGUUAGUUAAGGCACCUGGUUAUUUUGCAAAAGGCAUGCUUUAAAAGAAGUCUGUGAUGAUUAUUGAGAGCAUUUGCUCUGAGUGGCAUUGCAACUGUGUUAAAAUAGCCAAAGGCAGUCUUUCAGUGCCAGUAAUUUUACAUUCUUUUUGGAUGUUAUUGACUAACUUGUUCUUCAGUCCAAACAAUGGGUAGGGGCUUACUUGCAGUGUGAUGAGCCCUCUGCAGUGUGAUUAUGUGCAAGUGGUACAGAUCAAAUGUGUUUCUGCUGAUAUCUUUGUGUAUUCUUUUUUGGGGUGGAAAGUAGUCUUCUCCAAUACCCAUUGUGGUUGCCUUUUUCUUUUAUUUUAUGAAGUAUGACCUUUAGCUCAUAAUUCACCUCUCCCUUACUCCUUUACUUCUGUUACCUACAAGUCCAUACCUACAUAUACACAUGGCCUCUCACUCAUUCAUUUGUUCACUCUCUAUUCUAUAUUAAAUAUAUAUAUCAUUUUUUUAUUAGGUGCAAUAAUGUCUUGCAUGGGGCAGGACCAUUUUGAUGGGGGGAAAAUACAGCUGGAUGAAAAGAUGCCACUGUGCACAACUGUACAGAAACAGAAGGUAUUUCAUGUUUGAACAGCAGAUAGGAAUUUAGGAUCACAAGUGAACUGAGUUAAAUAUCUUGGAAAGCUUCAUUUUAAAGCACUUAAUUGUGCAUUUGUGUGUAUUUUCAACAUAAGUAAUAUUGCAGAGAAUGUAAUCUGCACUUUGCAUCAAUCACUAAUUUCACUAUUUUUUGAACACCAUAAUGUUUGAAAGUCUUGAUUUCAAAAGUCAGAACUGAAGAUAGAUUGUAUUGACACCUUUGCUGAAAAAGAAAUGCAUCAGCAAACCUUCUAUCACUGUAAUCAUUCACUUUUUACCAAUUAAAACCCUGUUGCAUAAUCUCUUACUGUCACCGCCAGCCCUGACCAUUAUCUUUUUGUCACCCCAAGUGUCUUUCAGUUGGGCAUACAAUAAUUUAUUGCAAAAUUCUCCAUAUUUUCAGGAAACUGCUUAGUAGCUUAUGGCAUUAGCUUUUGUGCAGAUGUUUACUAUAUGCAUAGUGCAGGACUUUAUCAAGGCAUCAUAGACAUUUCCUUUUUGUUAAUUAUUAAUUGUAGCUUUCUGUAUAUAUAUGUCUUUAUGCCUUUGUCUAAUUAUCAUAACAAAAGCAAUUGACAAUUUGUGUAAUUGCCAAAGACUAGUCUUACAAGCUAGAGAGUUUCAUUUUUAGAUGGGAACAGGUUUUUUCUUAAAGUUUGGAUCAUGUGUUUCUAGGAGUUUUUAUUUGUCUUAACCUGCAGUAAAGCUGUCAAGUCUUUGCACAGUGUUCCAAUGUUACUUGCAUAAUAGCACUCACAUCACACAUCAUCCAACUCUAGUCCUCUGUAUUUUACGUUCGCACAGUUGUGCACAGCGACACUCACAUAAACACAUGGUUAUAUUUACCCAUGUUUGAAAUAUAAGUUCUAAGCCUUUUCAAUUUAGCCUUUGUAGAGUCAGUAAUGAGGAUUAUUUUUUAUAAAGACGUUUCACUAUCCCUGCUUAAGCUUAUACCUAGGUGUAAUUUUUUUUUUAGCAUGGCUGAUUUAUCCUUGAGCUUAUGCUAAGCAGAUCAGGUAUAUGUUGCAUUUGAUUUUGCUUUCAUUGUUUUUAAUGAUAGAAAUAUGAUCUGGUUUUUCUAUUGGAAUGAAGCAUCAAAAGGAAAAAGUGUGAAUAUCAACAAAAAUCCCAUCAUUAUUCACAAAUUGUUGGUAUUUUAAGAACCACAUCAUUCUCAAGAAUUAAUCAAGAAUUUUUUGUUUUGUUUGUUAUUAUUAGUUUUGAAGAGAUUUGUGUUUAACUCACCCUUUUCUCAGCUUCAUUUUACUGGGCUCCCCACUACUCCUUGAUUUUUCUUUCUCAUGAAAUGCUAUGAUUUGCAUGCUCUUGGUUGUGUUAAAUAUUUACUUGCAGUCAGUAAUUUAAUGUAAGCAGCCCCUUUAAAUGGUUUCAAAGGUUACCAUCUCAGAUUCCAAUAAAACGUGUAUUUUAAAAA